AUGACUUUCACCGGCAGCUGCAUGUGCGGAGGCGUCACGUACUCCAUUGAAGCGGACAAGUAUACCGCGGCACUCUGCCACUGCAUCGAUUGUCAAAAGUGGACCGGAGGCGCCUUCACUUCAAACGCCGUGGUCCCUCGCACCAGCUUCAAGGUGACCAAGGGAACUCCCAGCACUUACGACUCGGUUGGCAGCAGCGGCAAAGUCAACAAGCACUUCUUCUGCCCCACCUGCGGCUCGAGCGUGUAUACCGAGCUGGAGGUCCUGGCUGAUAUGACCUGUGUCAAGGCCGGGACUCUGGAUAACGGCGAAGCCAAUCUCGGUGGCAAGGUCGAUGUUGAGUUCUAUGUUAAGGACCGUCCGAGUUAUCUCGCUGCUGUGGAAGGGGCUAAGCAGGAGCCGAUGUUUGGUUAA